UAAGUAUUCAAACUGAACUCACACAUUCAAUCAUAAUCAAAAUUAUGAAAUCCUGUAAUGAAAAACGAGAGGAAAUCAGAACUCUUCGUCUAUCGGUACCAAAGAAAAAAUUCAUCAAGAUUGAAAGUUUUUCCGGUAGAUAUCGUUGUUGAAUUUGAGUAAAGGGGCAACGCUGUUUCGUUCAUAGAAAUAUACCCUAGUGCUAGCGGCAGCACCGUCAAAUAAAUAGGGGAGUGUCAUUCUACAGAAACCGCGCGUAUCGUUCGAAUAUACUUUGACGGUGGCGGUGGUGCAACAGUUUUUGACUAGACAGCCGUAGACAUAGAUGGGUCGGUUGGAGUGAUAGAUGUUAAGCCCGCCCUAACAUGCGUGUUUUAUCGUAAAAAAUUAUUUUUUCUGGUUGGAUUAUAGCCAUUAGUAAAAAAAGUCAUGCCGCAAUAUGACCCUGGAAGUAAUAAAACUCAGUACGUAGAAAACGAUUGAAAAACGUCUGAUAUGCUUUGCAAAGAUAUUCCACCGAUAAUAACUCAACAAUCAAACCAUAAAGAGAUCAAACCGGAUGGCGGCCAAGGAUCGAGGCGGUGGAGAUGGUAAGGGAAGAGGUAAGAAAAAAAAAUCCAAUUUACCGCCGAAACCUAUACCUGAACAAGAUCGGCACAUAUGUGGAUUGAUAUGUGUGUGUCAGCUGACAUUUGUGUUGAGUUCCGUGUCGCUAGUGUAUCUGUCGGUGGCAAUCUACAUGCCGGGAUACAGGGCGUUCAAUGCUGCCAUCGAGACAGUGCCAAUAAUGUGUCAGACAAUCAAUUCGACGGUAUCCAACAACUGCGAGUGGACAUCGUGCGCCGAAUGGUGUUUGACGAAAGCGUCCGGCACUUGUCCGCAGUUUAUUGUCACUGUAAGACAAAACGGCACCGAAAUAGGCGUCGAGAACUGCACGCGACUGACAAGUGUCUCUUGUCCACAGGCCAAUCCGGACACGUUAAAACGGUACAACUGUAAUAACAACAGAGAGUGUCUCGGGCUGACCGGCAUUAUGUCCUGCAGACUGGGUCACUGUUCGAACAUGUCGGAGUUGUACCAGUGUUACUACGCCAUCAACUCGACAACGAUCGACAGCGACCGAGACAAUUUAAAGCUCAAUGGAUACUUCCACUGCGACAACGGCAGCUGUAAUACAAUCACAUGGCCAUUUCCCUGCGAUCGUUUCUGCAACAAAAUUACUACAACUGGAGUCAACAUUUUCCUGAGGCUUGGCGACACAGUUCAUACGGGAAACUGUCAAAGAAUAGUGGCUUAUAACCGGGCCAACGGAAACGCGGUUCAUGGUGAACAACUAUCCGAACCGAAAGAAAUCUGGACAGAUGAAAACUCAACUAUUGGCAUAUUCAUGGCCAGUUGUAACAGUAUUAUUCAGGACAGCAGUAAUUCUCUUAGAGCUAUAGACUGCAUAAACGGAACGGUUAUCGACGAAUCAUUGAUGCCACAACCGUUUAUCAAUUUCACGACAUUCUGGUCUAUAUACGAGAAUAGCAGUCGUCUUCUUGACGAAAAUAACGAGUACGUACCCGCACAGUCAUCGCUGACUGUGUACAACUCAAGUAGACUGUCGGUUAACCAGCAAGGAUGCGUAAAUACAUUACGCAAUGAGUGCAAAGAUUUUACAAACACUCACGGAAGAGCGGGGGAAAACCACACGGCACAAAGCCGAUUUCCUUGUUUCUAUACAAAAAACGAUUCGUUUGUCGCAUUGGCUCGAUUUGAUUUGAACAAGACGUGGUGGGAACUAAUGGUCGGAGUCACCGUGCCUGGAAUUCUAUUUGCAAUUUCGUUCCUAACGCUACUCAUCGUUCACCAAACGGUUAAAGUUGGCGAUGACGCGCGGAUGACGUGCCAAUGGUGUGCAGACGGCGAAGAAGGUAUAGGGCCAGACGAACCUUUUAUGCAAAAGGUACCACCUAAAGUACAUAAAUCGAGAAGACAGAACGAAGAGAUGCAAGAGUUGAGCGUUAUCGAAACGCUGGUAGCGCAAUCAGCUGACUUAAGUGCAGGUCGUCCACAGCCAUCUUUAGACAAGUGUCUAGAGGUCUAGAUAAAACAAGUGUACCAUUAAUCGAAAUACUUAGAUGCGAUAAACUUACUCUUAAGAUAUCUCCAAUGGUUGCAUGUAUUUUAAGAAAUUCUCACUAAAAAUGCACAACUAAAAACGAGAUACACAAGAGGACAAAAAAAUAGUCCAGACCAAGUUUGUCACAAUCGCACACGUUUAUUUUGUAAUUCCCAACAUUAUAUUAACGAUAUUUUAUUAUAACUUACACCGCCUUGGCCUUAAAAUCAGAAUUUAUAAGUUUUUACUUUUUUACUUGGAGAUUUUUUUUAUUCCACUAACAAUUUUUUUUAUACAAACGAGCUUUUGCCAAUUAUUAAGUUAAUAUAUUAACUACAUAGAAAUGUUUAUAAAAAUAAAAAUGUAUAAAUUCGUCUAGGAACUGACAUUGUCACUGUCGAAAUGCAUUAUAAAUCCAGUCAGUGCUGUUAAACUUUUAACGAAAGACUUAAGUAACUAUAAGAAUUAUAUUAAGAAUCACUAAAAUUUAUGUGAUUUUUUUUUUAAUACAUUAUUUUUGAAAGUUUUGAAUUAUUAUUCUUAUACGCAUUGUAAUAUUGUUAGCGUUUAUCACACGUUAAAUAAAAAAAAAAAACAAAAAAAAACUAUCUUAGCAUUUUUUUUAUUUUGUGACAAGUUUCGUCAACGAAACUAUCGAUAAUAAGUUUAAGGCGAGGCGAGUCAGAAUAGACAGCUCGAUAGAAUGUUCAAAUAAGCCUCGGGGCUUGUGCUUUCCAUAAUAUAAACUCACUGCCCAUCAUAUCGACUUAUUUGCGUUUCUUUGCCACCAUUAACAGUUUUUCAUCUGCCGCUCAAAAAAUUGACGUCCUGACAUUUUAUUACAAAUCAAGUCAACGUAUUAAAACGGCG